AUGAACGCACUCAGCGAUUUAUCGUUGGAAAACGAUUGGAUGUACAGUAUCCAGAUGAAUCGUUGGUUCCUGAAACCGAUCGGUGUCUGGCCUCUGUCGUUGUCCGUGACCACCUUCGGAAAACUGAAUUCCAUAAUUCUCGCGUUGAUCAGCAGCUUCUUGAUAGGAUUUCUCCUGGUCCCGUGCGCGUUGUGUACCCUGCUCGACAAAACGGGGGACCUGGACACUAAAGUAAAGAUGAUCGGUCCCCUCAGUUUCUGCAUGAUGUCGACCUUUAAAUAUUACAUCCUCGCUUCGAGGGGCGGGAAAAUCAGCGAGUGCAUCGAAAGCAUGCGUUCGGAUUGGGCUAAAACUCGUUCGGCGGGGUAUGAAGAGGACAGAGAGAUCAUAAUCGACUGCGCGAGGGUUGGCAGAUCGAUCGCCAUCAUCUGCGCUGGUUUCAUGUACUCCGGUGGAUGCUUUUAUACCGCCGUGAUGCCGCUGUACUCCAAACGAACGGAGAUCAUCGAUAACGAGACUGUGAGGUCUCAGACCUUUCCGAUUUAUAGACGCCUUCUUGAUCCACGUACUACACCCUCGGUCGAGAUCGUGCAGUUCAUGCAAUGCUUGGCGGCGUUUGUGAUGUAUUCCGUUACCGUUGGUUCCUGCAGUCUGGCUGCGGUUUUUGUCAUGCACGCUUGUGGACAGUUUAGGAUUCUUGUGAUGAAAUUGCAGAGAUUGGUUGAUGGGGCGACAGGGAAGAAUAGUGUUAGAACGUAUGAACAUCGACUGGGGGAUAUUGUUGAACAUCAUUUGCAGAUACUUAGGUUCAUAUCUCGAGUGGAAGAUCUCCUAAACGAGAUCUGUCUGGUCGAAGUAGUUGGUUGCACAAUGAACAUAUGCUUUCUGGGUUAUUAUUUGCUUACGGAAUGGGAACAAAGUGAAGCUAUAGGAACACUGACUUACUGUCUUUUUUUCAUUUCUUUGACGUUCAAUAUUUUCAUACUAUGUUACAUCGGUGAAAUUUUAUCAGAACAGUGCCAAAAUGUCGGGUUAUCGGCUUGUAUGAUCGACUGGUAUCGUUUCAGACAGAAAAAAGCACUGGGACUGAUAUUGAUAGUUGCGAUAUCAAACUCUUCCACUAAAUUGACGGCUGGAAAACUCGUUGAAUUAUCUCUGAGCAAUUUCUGUAGUGUAUUCAAAUCGUCGCUGGCAUACUUGAGCUUACUCCGCACGCUCACAACGUAA